AGUGGGCUCGACCAUACACCGUAACGAAUAACUAGAAGGGGCGUGUACUGUGAGGAAAUUGGUGACGCCUGCAGGUGGGAAUUUCACCUGGCCACAAAUAACAGUCGACGUCGAGUUCGCAGAUUAGAAGUGCUACUUUUACGUGAUGGAUAAACAGCAGAAUAACCAAAUCCUGAGAGAGGGCUUCCUAGUGAAGCGGGGUCAUGUAGUUACCAACUGGAAGGCUCGCUGGUUUGUGUUGUACCCGGACAAGCUGGUUUACUACAAAUAUGAGGGGAGCAAGAAAGACUCCUGUCAGCGCGGGAAGAUCCUUUUGGCAAAUUGCGUCAUCACCUGUCCCUAUUUGGAAUAUGACAACCGACCGCUGGUCAUCAAGCUGCAGACGCAGCACGCGGUCGAGCACUUCCUGGAGGCCUGUUCGCGGGAGGAGCGGGACGAGUGGGCCGCGGACAUCGCCGCCGCGGUGCAGAGACUCAAGGGGGAGAACAGUCAGAGUGCCCCCCCGGAACCCCGGCAGCUCCAGCUGCGCAAUGUCAGCCUCAAUCAGGUGGUAGACUCCAUGUACAAUGUUCACAACGGAAUCAAGCUGACGGUCCACAUGGAGCAGGGAAGCUCCUUCACCAACUGCUUUUCAGGCUCCGCUGUGGUGGACUGGAUGGUGUCCAUGCAGUUGGCGAUGACGCGGAUGGAGGCCCUGACGCUGGCGUCGGCGCUGCUGGAGGAGGGCUUCGUGCGCCCCGUCGGCAUGAAGAGCGUGGAGGCCAUGCGGUGGGCGGGGCUCAGCGAGCAGUUCCUGGACGACUCCACGGCCCUCUACAGCUUCGCAGAGAAUUUUAAGAAGAGGGGGAGUGUGAGGGCAGAGACGACCCUGGCCGCGGCGGAGCUGAGGGGGACCGUGGUGAAGAGGGGCUACCUGCUCAAACAGGGACACAAGAGAAAGAACUGGAAGGUGCGACUGUUUGUGCUGCGCUCCGAGCCAGAUUACCUGCACUACUACGAUCCGACCAAGGAUGACAUCAGUCCCGCGGGCGGGUUCUCUCUGCGCGGCUGCCUGGUGUCGGGGCUGAACGACAACGGCGUUCCCUCAGGGGUGAAGGGCAAAGUGCAGGGGAACCUGUUCAAGAUCAUCACUCAGGAAGAUAAACACUACUUCAUCCAGGCUCCCUCUCACCAGGAGAAGACUGACUGGAUUGAGGCCAUCAAACAGCACACAUAAGACAAGGCCUAAGCGCAAUAUUUGAAGAGACAGAAGGGAAACUGUUCAAGUGCAGACAGGCAUCACUGUAGGACUCGGUGGUGAAGCUAGACAAGGACCAGUCCAGACGUGCUCCCCUGCAGUUAAGGCCCAUUUUAAAGGGGAUCCACGUGAACGCAGGUCGGGUGAUCCGCCUCACCACCAUGACAUCAACACCAUCUGGUGAGUGAGAGAUUACUCAAUCUCUGAGCUUUCUCCUGGUCCUAAAGCCAUAAGCAAGGGGUCGUUCAUCAGGGAAACCCUUGUCCUAGUCCGUAAACACAAAACCAUCCUGGCCAAUAUCGCAAGUGAAACAUUGUAGAAUCUGUAACUUGGAGAAAAAAAAAUCCUCCAAACAUUUAUACAGUUUACUACUUUCACUUUUCUUUGUUACUUACAACAACAAAACUUUUGUUCCUGUAUUU